AUGAGCUCUAUUACCUUCCUAGGGGUAAAGUUCUGUGAGCCAAUCAUUAAAGUAACUUCUAUGUCGAGUGCUGCCUUUGAUUACAUAAUCGCAGCAGUGCGUAUCCAAGUCAUUCGAUUGAUUACUAAAUGUGACUACUGUACAGAUAAUGAACAUCUCGGCCGAUUGAAAUCGAAUUGUUGUUGCAUUUAUACCCGGCCCCGUGUAUGGGACGAUCCUACAACGUGGGAACAAGAUGAAGCUGAGCUCCGAUGUCGGCAGCCGACGUCCAUCGGUGGUGUAAUAUUUGUGUUUCAUCUUUUUAAUCCACGAAGUUUCUUAUAUCUCUCAACUUUGUAG